UUUGAAUACAAUUUUUUUACAUAUAAAGUAAUAUAUAAUUAUCAAGACACCAAUUUAAAAAAUAAAAACAACGCUUUACUAAAUUUUGUCUUAACUAGGAAGUUCAGAGGUGUCAUAUGACCUGGAAAAAUGGCAGCCGUGCAGUGGCGUUCUCGUGGGCGCCACUAUGACGCAGAGCUGCAGAGAUGCCAUCUUGAGGCGUCGCCACUCGAGUUUGGAGACUAUCAUCCCCUCAAACCCAUCAUGGUUACAGAUACAAAGACCCGUCGUGGAACCCGCAAAGGCAGCACUUCCUCCUCUUCAUCUUCUUCUUCCUCAGCACCCCCGGACCCCCUCAGCUCCAUGCUGGAUGGGACCGACCCCUUGUCCAUGUUUGCCGCAGCCUCGGCCAGUGAGCCUCCACCCAUGUCAGGCAGCAGCUCCACGGGGGAGCUUGGGAGAAAGCGGAGAGAGAAGGAGGAAGAGGCAGUGGGACCAGACUUUGAACCUUGGUCAUCGAAGCGAGGAGAAAUCCUGGCCAGGUUCACAACCACGGAAAAGCUCUCCAUUAAUCUUUUCAUGGGCUCUGACAGAGGAAAAGCUCCCAGUCCGGGAUCAUCGGCUGUUUCAGAGAAAGUUCGCACUCGCCUGGAGGAGCUGGAUGAUCUGGAGGAGGGUUCCCAGAGAGAGCUGCUGAACCUCUCCCAGCAGGAUUAUGCCAACCGCAUCGAGGAGCUGAACCAGUCCCUGAAGGAGGCCUGGGCCUCUGACCAGAAGGUCAAAGCUCUGAAGAUCGUCAUCCAGUGCUCCAAGCUUCUGUCCGACACCUCGGUGAUCCAGUUCUACCCCAGCAAGUUUGUUCUCAUUACAGACAUCCUCGACACUUUCGGCCGUCUGGUGUUCGACAGAAUCUGGACCAUGUGUUCAGACCCCAGACCCUUAACUGAUUCCUUCACAGCUGAAGAUGUGAAUGACACAGCCAAGGAGACCUGCCUCAACUGGUUCUUCAAGAUCGCCUCCAUCAGAGAGCUGCUGCCCCGACUAUAUGUCGAAGCUGCUAUCCUCAAGUGCAACCGUUUCCUCAACAAGUCCGGCAUUCAGGAGACCCUCCCUCGCUUGACAGCCAUGAUCAGAGGGAUUGGGGAUCCGCUGGUGGCUGCAUACACCAGAGCUUACCUCUGCAGGGUGGGAAUGGAGGUGGCCCCCCACCUGAAGGACAGCCUGAACAGAAACUUCUUUGACCUGCUCGCCACCUUCCGGCAGAUCAGCAGCGAGAGCAUCCAGAACCAGCUGGUCAUCCAGAGGGUGGAGGUACCAGAGUACCUGACUCUCUACUCUCCAGCCAUCAACUGGAUCCUGCAGUGUAUCGCCUACAGAGCUCCAGAGCCACUGCUGACGGAGAUGAUGGAGAGGUGCAAGACGCUGGCAAAUAAUGCCUUGCUCCUGAAUUCAGUAAUGAGGGCGUUCAGACCAGAGUUUGUUGCAGCCAGGGCUACUGACUUCAUCGGUAUGAUCAAAGACUGCGAUGAGUCCGGCUUCCCAAAGAAUUUGUUGUUUGGCUCUUUGGGUCGCAGCCUGGCCUGCGCAGAUCCUCCAGAGUCCGAGAGGCUCACAAUCCUCAACGAAGCCUGGAAGGUCAUCACCAAAGUCCGCAGCCCGCAGGAUUACAUCAACUGUGCUGAAAUCUGGGUGGAGUUUACCUGCCGACACUUUACUAAACGUGAGGUCAACACGGUUCUGGCUGACAUCAUCAAACACAUGACCCCAGACCGAGCGUUCGAGGAAGCCUACCCUCAGCUGCAGUCAGUGAUCAGGAAGAUCCUCACCUACUUCCAUGACUUCUCUGUUCUUUUUUCCAUGGAGCGCUUCCUGCCGUUCUUAGACAUGUUCCAGAAAGACAGCGUGAGGGUGGAGGUUUGCAAAUCCAUCAUGGAGGUCUUCAUCAAAAACCAGGUGGAACUCACUAGAGACCCGGUCAUCCUCAAUGCCAUGCUGCACAUCUGCAAGACCAUGCACGACUCUGUCAACGCGCUUACUCUCGAGGACGAGAAAAGAUCUUUAGCUCUGCUGAUCAUCGGCUUCAUCCGGAUGGUCUCCUUCGGUCGCGACUUUGAGCAGCAGCUGAGUUUCUGCGUGGAGGCCAGAGCCACCUUCUGUAACCUGGAGCCAGUGCUCGUGCAACUAAUUCAUACGGUGAACCAGCUGGCCAUGGAGACUACAAGGGUGAUGAGAGGGAGUCACUCCCGAAAAACUGCUGCUUUUGUCAGAGCAUGUGCUGCCUACAGUUUCAUCACCAUCCCGUCUCUCAGCAGCAUCUUUAGUCGUCUUAACCUCUAUCUGGUGUCUGGUCAGGUUGCGUUGGCCAACCAUUGUCUCUCCCAGGCUGAUGCUUUCCUGAAGGCAGCGGUCAGUAUUCUUCCAGAGGUUCCUCGCUCCAUCAGCGUUGAGGGGAAACUUCGCUCCUCAGAAAGCUUCUUGUUAGACUUCAUCAACAACUUCUUGGCCACGUUGCUUGUUGUCCCGGACCAUCCAGAGCAUGGGGUGCUCUACUUAGUCCGCGGUCUGCUCAACAUGGUCCAGGAUUACACCUGGGAGGAAAACGGUGAUGCAAAAGUGCGAGUUUAUAUCAGUGCUCUGCCGUUGCUGGCUGCCAUGAGCCAGGAAACCUAUCUUUAUUCUAUCCCCAAAGUGGACUCCAAUGAGACACUGUAUGGAGGCGACCCCAAGUUUCUAUCAGAGAUCAACAAGCUAUGUGAGACCCUGAUUGGACAGAUCCUGGACCAUUUAAAGACGCUCGCUCGGGAUGAGCAGAGCACUCGUCGCCAAAGCUCUCUGGCCUUCUCUCUGUUCGGUGUCCUGUUGGCUCACGGUGAUCUGAGGAACAACAAGCUGAGCCAGCUGGCCAUCAACCUGUGGAACCUCAGCCACAAACACGGAUACUGCGAGACUCGCGUCUCUGUUCGGACUCUGGAGUACGUCAAACAUCAGGCUCAACAACCCGACAUGGCUCACUUGUCAGAUACAGUCCAGAGGCUCGCACUACAGUCCCGUACCUGAACCCCCCCAAGCUUAGAAAUGUUCAACUGAUCACUUUGUUGUAAAUAGAAACUAACAAGAAGCCUAAAGUCGCCACCUUAAAGCUGUUUGUAUGAGGAUGUGAAUGAAUUAAAAAGUCCUUUUGGUUGAUGUA